AUGUUCAAAAAUACUCAUACCUUGGAUUUUUCCCAGGGGAAUGCAAAGGAUUCGAAACCCGACCCGAAGCUUCCGCAUAUAGUCUUAGCCAAUAAUCUCCUGACACGAGGGGAAGGCUUUACUCCCCCAGAUCUGCCCGAGCAAAGCCUAUCCAGAAAGAAGUCAUGGGGGAAGCGUAAAAACUCAAUUACAGACCCAAGGCAACUGCCUAAAGGAUGGAGUGCACAUGAUCUUGAUGUGGAAGAAGAUGACAUUGAUGGACAAAUCAAACGAUGCGAGGAGCGAAUUGCGGAAGGAAUUAUGCCUGAAAUCUUUGAAGGAAGAUUGAAGAAUUUCAAAGCCAUCAAGGAAGAGCAGAUGGAAAUGAUCAAAUCCGAACCUAAAGGACUUGACUGGGAGGUUAUCCAGCGACUGCAUGAGUUGAAACAGCUGAAAGCAAAUCUUGGCAAAGAAGACAAGGAUAAAAAUCUUCCAAACGUCGAAGCAAUCAUAAAGGCCUAUCAGACCAAGAAGAUAAGCAACAAGGGAGAUUUGGUCACAUUUUGGUGUGACGGUAAACUGGUCGCCGGUCCUAAGAAGUUUGAUCCCAAGGAGCUAUAUGCCUUGAGUUCAAAGCAAGGCUCAGCAGGCCUUUGGGUAGAAGGAAUCAAUGGUUCCAAACCCCAGCGGUUGAACAUAUUCUUUUCUCUGAAUCCACCCAUACCAGGAUUCGCACAACACAAAAUUUAUAUCUCUCUUCGCAAUCCAAACACCCAGGCAACAAACACAGACAUGCAGACUCUCACUCUACUAUGCCUGGAGGAUACUGGCGCGACUCUCAUGAAGCUUCAUGCUCAGGAUGUGGCUGAGCUUGAAAGACUCUCUGGUACUAAUUUGCCCAUCACGGGUUCAAGCAUAAUGACAACCGCAGACGCCGCAGUUACGGCCCGACGAAUGGUUGUGCAAGUCAACAUAUGGCACAACGGUCAAUACAUUAUCCCCAAAUGGGUUGACAUCGAAGCUUGUGUAUCACAUACUCCACAGGGGAAUGCUCCUUUGUCCACCAGCCGACUCAGUGGUGUCUGGAUUUAUCAUAUGUUGGCUGUGCUCUCGUUGCCGGACAAUACCUUCCGCAAGCAUAUCGGCACUAAUAUUUACGAGAUCUUGAAUACUCUGGUUAUUCCAGACCCACUCUUAGCCCGACCACCACCAAUUUUGACGGGGGAUAACCCAGGCCCGCCAGGCCCACAGGGCCCCUGA